CAUGUGACCAGUAGCCCCACUCUAACUGAGCAUGCCCAAGCCUCUCUGUGUUGUCAGGCAAAAAUAAGACAGCAGAAGGAGCAGAGAUCUGCAAUAGAUAAACACACGACACACGGGCACACAGCCGGAGAGCGGUGUGAGAGGCGGACUAACAGAAAGGCAGCGGGGACGUUCUCUGCAUUCAGUGCACUCAUUUCUUCUAUCAGCCGCAAUAUAUUUCUUUGUAUUUUUUUGUCUGUGAUUUUUGUCUUCUGGAGGAAAGACUUUCCAUGGUGAAAGGAGAGGCGAUUCGAAAAUAAGCAGAAAGAGGGAAGGAAGAAGCAAAUCCAUGACUGCGUCUCCGUAUCCUGAGAAGCCAUUCUGCUAGGGUUGCCACGGAAACAGCAGUCGGAGUCAGAGACGGAGUGAGAGAGAGUGACCCCCGUCUCUGGUUCUUUGGCGCCCUGCUCCUGCUGUCACGCCACCGAAGCCGCAAUGGACGGGCACAGCCGAGCCAAGCGUGAGCAGCACCUCUGAACUGCUGACCCAAUGGACAUCAAGGGACAGUGCUGGACGGAUGAGGAAUCUGAUGGGGAGAAUGGCUCUGAGGAGUUUCUUUAUGGAAUCCAGGGAAGUUGUGCUGCUGACCUGUAUCGGCACCCGCAGCUGGAUGCCGACAUUGAGGCAGUGAAAGACAUCUACACCGACGGCGCUGUUUCUGUCAGGGAAUAUGGCACUAUUGACGAUGUGGACAUCGACUUGCAGAUUAACAUCAGUUUCUUGGAUGAGGAGGUGGCGACAGCUUGGAAAGUCAUCCGGACAGAGCCCAUCAUUCUCCGGCUGCGUUUCUCCCUCUCACAGUACCUGGAUGGUCCUGAGCCAUCAGUGGAUGUGUUCCAACCAUCCAACAAGGACAGCUUCAGUUUGGGCUUGCAGCUGAAGAAGAUCCUCGGCCUGUUCACGUCACAGCAGUGGAAACACCUGAGCAAUGAGUUCCUGAAGGCCCAGCAGGAGAAGAGGCACAGCUGGUUCAAGGCUGGAGGCACCAUUAAGAAGUUCCGAGCUGGUCUCAGCAUCUUCUCCCCCAUACCCAAAUCUCCCAGCUUCCCCCUUAUCCAGGACACGGUUCUGAAGGGGAAGCUAGCCGUCCCCGAGCUGCGUGUGACCCGCCUCAUGAACCGGUCCAUCUCCUGCACCAUGAAGAAUCCUAAGGGCGAGCUCUUCAGCUACCCCCCCAACAGUCAGAGUGUGGCUGUCCCCACGUCCAGGCCACCAGCGCAGAUUACCACGAAGCAGCUGAUUGAAUUAUUUUUCUCAUCCCAGGCGGGUGGCCACUGCAAGAAUAUCCCCACUUUGGAAUAUGGCUUCUUAGUUCAGAUCAUGAAGUACUCUGAGCAGCGCAUUCCCACGCUGAAUGAGUACUGCGUGGUGUGCGACGAGCAGCAUGUCUUUCAGAAUGGCUCCAUGCUCAAGCCGGCGGUGUGUACUAGGGAGCUGUGCGUGUUCUCCUUCUACACCCUGGGGGUGAUGUCCGGAGCUGCAGAGGAGGUGGCCACGGGGGCAGAGGUUGUGGACCUGCUGGUGGCCAUGUGCAGAGCAGCCUUGGAGUCUCCUCGCAAGAGCAUCAUCUUCGAGCCUUACCCUUCGGUAGUCGACCCAAAUGACCCCAAAACUUUAGCCUUCAACCCCAAGAAGAAGAAUUAUGAACGCUUGCAGAAAGCGCUGGAUAGUGUGAUGUCCAUCAGGGAGAUGACACAGGGAUCAUAUUUGGAGAUUAAGAAGCAGAUGGACAGGUUAGACCCGCUGGCCCAUCCUUUGCUGCAGUGGAUCAUUUCAAGCAACAGGUCGCACAUUGUCAAGCUGCCACUGAGUAGGCAACUGAAGUUCAUGCACACAUCUCACCAGUUCCUCCUGCUCAGCAGCCCUCCGGCCAAGGAGGCCCGAUUCCGCACAGCCAAAAAGCUCUAUGGCAGCACCUUUGCCUUCCAUGGUUCCCAUAUAGAGAACUGGCACUCCAUUCUGAGAAAUGGACUAGUCAAUGCUUCUUAUACCAAACUACAGCUGCAUGGGGCUGCGUACGGAAAGGGCAUCUAUCUCAGCCCCAUCUCCAGCAUUUCCUUUGGAUACUCAGGGAUGGGGAAAGGACAGCAUCGCAUGCCCUCUAAAGACGAGCUGGUGCAGCGCUACAAUCGCAUGAACACCAUACCCCAGAGUCGACCAAUACAGUCCAGGUUUCUACAGAGUCGAAAUUUAAACUGCAUUGCUCUCUGUGAAGUGAUAACAUCCAAGGACCUUCAGAAGCAUGGAAACAUCUGGGUGUGCCCUGUGUCGGACCACGUCUGCACUCGCUUCUUCUUUGUGUACGAGGAUGGCCAGGUGGGAGAUGCCAACAUCAACACCCAAGAGCCCAAGAUUCAAAAAGAGAUCAUGCGUGUGAUCGGGACUCAGAUUUACUCCGGCUGAGCCGAAGACCUUGCGUGGCCUCGAGUUGGGCACUGACGGAAAACCCGGCACUACAUGGGGUCAUUAAACUGUGCUGCAUUAACAGCUGGUUGUUAGAUGCUUUCACAAAGGCUCAAGGGCCAAAUGGUGGCCCGCUUUGCUCUUGUUUUUCAAUUCUUAUUCAUUAUCGGUUUGCUCUAUCCAUCAGUCCAUCUCUCUCUGAAGCUGUUGGGAAAGGGGCGGAUGGAUGAGGGCCCCAGGGACAUUGAGAAAGAGGAUUUCCACCAGAAAGCCUUUCCAUGACUCUCUGAAAUGCUGCACUUGGCUCUGGCUUAGAGGGGCUCCUGGAAACCGCUCAUCCUUCACGCUGCCCUGAAUAAGCACUGGAGAACAACCUUGAACAUGUCUAUCCCCAACCUGACACAAUGCCCCCCGCACACAAAGGCACCACCCCCUCCCUGAAAAUACACCCCCAGCAAGCAUGUACCUAGCCCCCCCAACCCUAACCCUAACCCUAACCCUAACUCACCCAUCACUCUCGAUUCCCUGCUUUUGAACAUUGUGUCCAAAUCACACCAGAAGUCUUCUUCAGCCAUCUUAUUUAACACUUCCUGCGGCCUGGAAAUCAACUUCUGGAUUAUUUUUCAUGAUGAAAUUAAUGUGUGUUACAUCUGUUCCUUUCUUGAUAUUCCUGAGUUGGUAUUUUAAUGUACCAGAUUCAGGUGUGUGCCGCUGGCUGUUUUCAAUUCACUAUAGUUCCUGUUAUUCAUUUGAGUUCACUUAAUUUCUGGAGUUAAAUAAAAAGAGUACAUGGUGCAAUAUAUUUAAAAUAUAACCUCGAGGUUUUUGCCGGCAUGGUGGCCCUCGGUAGCACUGUUGGGUUCUACAUCCAUGGUUGAGGGUUUGACUCUCACUCUGCGUGAGUUUUCAUGUUCUGUCCGUAUCGUACGAAUUUCCUCCCACAGUUUAAAAACAUGCAGUGAGACUAAUUGGUAUUUCAGAAUUUCUUGUAGUUUGUGUAUGUGCCCUGUGAUGCACUGGCAUCCCAUCCAGCAUAUACACCUACCCUCUACUACCUGGGACAGGUUCCAAGCCCCCCCAACCUGGAAAAGUGGUUGGAAGACUAAUGGACAUUUUGCAUUAAAAAUACCUUUUAAACAUGACUCAUUACAGUGAACCGAAUACAAAGACGAUUGUGAGUGUUCAAAACCUUACUGACACUUGUGAUGGAAACAAAGUCAUUACCAGUUUGCAAGUAUGAAAGAGAAUUAAAUUUUCUCAGUGCUUUUAUUUCCAUCUCAGCUCUCCUUCGCACUCUUGUGAUCGGAUUACAUAGAACCCAAACCCCAUUGAACAUGUAACUCUCUGUGAUCAGCUCUUUAUGGACCUGUUUAUGCGAAAUGUCACAAGGUUUCUUCUUAUGCACUGAAUUGUGGCCUGUUGAGUCUGGAAAUGAAACCUCAUUCCACAGCUGCAUACCAGAUAUUACGUGACCAGCUUCUGAUGUCAUUCGCACCAUCGACCCUGAGGACUGAACACAACAUCACUGGCUUUGAAAGUCAAUUCUUUCACAGUCACUUACGCAUUUGUGUGAUCAACAGUUUUUAUUUUUUUCCCACAUCCGCCUUCCUUCUAUUUGACCUGGCAUUUGUUUGACGUCUGCCUGGCCAUCCAAGGGGCGGAGUCACUCUCUGACAUUUGCCACACUGGCCUCUGUGCUGAAACAUGAGUAUAAUGGAGAUACAUAGCGGCAGUGUUAGGUACUGUGAUCUUUCUCGUUCAGCUUCUGGAAUGCUGCACCGCUUCCUGUCUGUGAUGUCGUCACAGACGUCAUGAGGUGUGUGACUUUUGGGCAUGAGAGGUGAGGGGGAUGCCUUGUAUGGACUUCAGAGGGAUUAUUUCCGCAGACAAUAUGGACACCAGAUUCUAGAACUUUCCUUCUUCCCAUCCUGUCAGUUAGAAAUGCCCUAGAGUCUCAGUGAAACUGUAUGGUUACUUAUGUAUCUACAAACACCAGUUUGUCGUCCCUUUUGUUUCUGUUUAGUGCUGUCUGUGAAUGAAGGAUUACAACAAUGAAAUCCUGAUAGGCAAGGUGAAAAAUAAAGACUGAUUUUGCACAAUUUUA